CCCAUGCCACAGUGUCCUGGUAUUUUCCCUAUAAAGAUGUCUGAUGGACAUUCCUGUGGAAUAUUUAUUUUCUAAUUCCAUGCACUGACAAGCGAAGCAUCACAGCCGUAGAAGCUGGUCUGAAGUGCAUCAAUUAUUCACUGUGGCGUACUAUGCUUUAGGAAAAGGACAAGGAGCUCCCAGUUACAGUGGAUGCCACACGCCACACAGUGCCUGGAGCCGGGCAGGCUAAGACUACCUCUCUGCUGCCUUUGAGUAAUGAACCCUUUCUGGAGCAUGUCUGCAAACAACAGCCGUAAGAGAUCCGACAGUGAGGAUAAGAGUGGACAGGCGGACAGACUGAGCUCACCUCGGCCUCACGGCAGGAAGCAGCUUCCUUCCAUCCCGAAAAACGCAGUGCCGGUCACCAAGCCCCUCUCCCCCGCUGCGUCUGCACAGUCCAACGGGACACACGCUGCAUACGGGCCUUUCUACCUGGAGUACUCGCUGCUGGCAGAGUUCACUUUGGUGAUCAAGCAGAAACUGCCUGGAAUCUAUGUACAGCCUUCCUACCGAUCAGCAUUGAUGUGGUUUGGGGUUAUAUUCAUAAGACACGGUUUGUAUCAGGACGGGGUCUUCAAGUUCACCGUCCACAUCCCAGAUAAUUAUCCUGAUGGAGACUGUCCAAGGGUGGUGUUUGAUAUUCCAAUCUUUCACCCCUUAGUGGAUCCAGUGUCAGGAGAGCUGGAUGUCAAGAGAGCAUUCACCAAAUGGAGACGGAAUCACAACCACAUCUGGCAGGUUCUGAUGUACGCCCGCACGGUCUUCUACAAGAUCCACACCCAGGAGCCGCUGAACCCAGAGGCUGCUGUCCUGUAUGAAAAAGAUGUUCACCUGUUCAAAAGCAAGGUGGUAGACAGUGUGAAAUUAUGCAACAGCCAUCUCUUUGACCAGCCUCAGAUGGAUGAUCCUUAUGCAAUAAGCUUCUCUCCGUGGAACCCAACUGUCCACAAAGAAGCAAAAGACAAGAUGUUCACACACAAAAGACGGCCUGAGGAUCAGCAAAAGGGGCUGCAGGUGUCUGGACUGUCCUGGGUGCAGCCGGGAACCACACAGCCAUUCAGCAAAGAGGACAGCCCUCUCCAGGCAUAAGCUUGCACUUCCAUAUCUUCACCACUAGAGGGUACCCAAAACACGAGACAUAUUCUACUUCAGAAUUAUGCAUCAUUUUGAAACUUGUGUGAAUGAGUCAUGAAUUGGUUGUAUGAACUUUUAUUUCACUACUUUUGCUUUGCUAGAAAUUGAUUGUGAUGAAUGUUUACUGGUGGCCUCAGGAUUUAGGAAUGUGCAUUUCAGAAAUUAUUUUCUUUUUCCUUUUUUUUUUUUUCUUCUUAUUUAAUUUUGAGUGUUGGCAAUAGUGAAUAGAACACCUUUUAUGGAUCAUUCUUUUAAAUGUUUAAAUGAGAUUUUCUUAAUUUGGUGAUGCUGUAUGUUAAGCGUCUUAAAUUAUUUUAUUCGAUACAGCCAUGGAUCUUCAAAACAUAACAAACUUUCCCAUAAGUUGGUGUUUAUGUAGUGAUUUAUGGGUCUUAAAAUCCAUUUGAAUGUGUGAUUUAUCCUUUGUGAAACCAAGGUUUUGGGUGUGUGAAUGGCUGACGUACCGGUCCUGUCUGACAGGAUAUAGUUUUGCUGGAAACUCCACAUUGGGCUUUGUGCAUCUGUAGCUGGGGAUGUUUGAGUAUUAAUUUUGAUGUGUCCAGAAGGUGUGAAUUAACCAAAUUAUUACUUUAAAUUUAAUUUGCUUUAUUUUCUCCCCUUGAUGGAAUGACCUCAAACAGAAUUGAGAUGCUGUUGUGUACAGUUGAUGUGUUUUUAAUAAGCAAGCUAUACUUCGGAUGAUAAUAAACAUAUCAGGUUGACAAA